AUGGAGAAUGAGAGUCGACCACUGUGGGAAAACCCGACCCAGUUCAUAUUAGCAUGUGUAUCGUACGCUGUGGGACUGGGUAAUGUCUGGAGAUUUCCUUACCUCUGUCAGAUGCAUGGAGGAGGAGGGUUUUUAAUCCCAUAUCUCCUCAUGUUGAUUCUGGAGGGAAUCCCUCUGUUCUGUCUGGAACUUGCUUUGGGGCAGAAAAUGCGAUUAGGCAGCAUUGGAGCGUUCAAUGCCAUCAGUCCCUACCUCAGUGGAGUGGGAAUUGCCAGUGUGGUCACAUCAUUGUAUUUGUGUUUAUAUUAUAACGUCAUUAACGCCUGGAGCUUCUGGUACCUGUUCCAGUCAUUCCAGUCGGUGCUACCGUGGGCACAGUGCCCAUUAAACACGAAUCAUACAGGAUAUUUGAAGGAGUGUGAAGUUGCUACAGCAACACAAUAUUUCUUUUUCCGUGAGACACUGAACAUUUCGGGGUCAAUUGAUGAAGACGGUGGUGGGCUUCAUACAGGGCAGGCACUCUGCCUCCUGCUGGCAUGGACUAUUGUCUACCUUUGUAUUGUCCAGGGAGUGAAAUCUACCGGCAAGGUUGUGUAUUUCACUGCAACGUUUCCAUACGUGGUCAUGAUCAUUUAUCUAGUCCGCGGAGUCACUCUACAUGGAGCCCUGAAUGGAGUCAAGUACAUGUUCACUCCAAAGCUGGAACAGUUGUUGAAUCCUCAGACAUGGAUUAAUGCUGCUACUCAGAUCUUCUUUUCUCUUGGUUUGGGUUUCGGAUCUCUCAUCGCUUUCGCCAGUUAUAACGAUCAGAAGAAUAACUUUGAGCGUCAGGCCGUCAGUAUAGCACUUAUUAACAGUGGAACUUCAAUCUUUGCCAGCGUUGUUACCUUCUCCAUCUAUGGCUUCAAAGCUACACUCAACUAUGAGAACUGCUUGGAGAGGACGAGGGUGUUGCUGUUAAACACGUUUGAUUUGGCUGAAGAUGUCAUUAUUAAAGAAAACGUAACCAUGUGGAUCAGAGAAUUAAAUCAGACUCAUCCUGAACAGCUUAGUCUGAUUCAACAUCAACUGGAGACCUGCAGCCUCGAGUCUGAACUUAAUACGGCAGUAGAGGGCACUGGAUUGGCGUUUAUCGUGUACAGUGAAGCUAUAGUGAAGAUGCCCGCCGCUCAGCUCUGGUCGGUGCUGUAUUUUCUGAUGUUGUUAAUGUUGGGGAUGGGCAGCAUGCUAGGUAACGUCACCGCCAUCAUCACCCCCCUCAGAGAUUUCCAGGUUCUCUCAAGAAACCUGAACAACGCCACACUGAAUGGUUUGGUGUGUCUCCUCUGUAUGUUGUUGGGUUUUGGUUUUACCACUAGAUCAGGUAAUUACUGGUUUGCAAUAUUUAAUGAAUAUGCUGCAACGUUUUCACUGCUCAUCAUUGCUCUGACUGAAGUCAUCUCCGUCUCCUACAUCUACGGAAUGAGCAGGUUUGAGAAGGAUGUGAAGAGCAUGUUGGGGCACCGGCCGAACUGGUACUGGAAGAUCAUGUGGGCAUUUGUUAGUCCUUUCCUGCUGAUUAGCCUUUUUAUUUUCUACAUUAUUAACUACAUUCAGGGAGGAAGACCAACGUACCAGGCCUGGGAUAAACACACGGGUAAGUCAGUAGCGAUGGAAUAUCCAGUUUAUGGUCAGAUCUUCAUCACUCUCCUGCUGGUCUCCUCAGUGAGCUGUGUUCCUCUCGCUGCCAUCUACGCCUUCUGUACCAGACACAAGCGCAAAGCUACAAACCAUCAGGAAAUCCACACCAUUACAUCAACCAUCACAUCUAGCAGAACAUCUAGCCUAACAUCAUAUCAGCCAUAA